AUGUACAGGAAAUUAGUGGCGCUCCUCCUCCUGAUCCACUUGGCAUCGGCGGGUCAGAUCCAGGAUGCUGCCGAGGAGAUCGAUGUGCCGCCUGCCCAUCGAGCUGCACCACCACCGCAGGCGGCUGGAGCUGCUGCACCACCGCAACCACUGGGACCACCACCACCACCUGUGGGCUCUGCACCGCCGCCGAAUUAUCCUUUGUUCUACCCAGCUGCGUGGCUGCCAUUCGGACGCUUCAGCGCCUCCAUUCCCGUCCAGGUAGUGGCUGCUUGA